CAUUAUAUAUUUAGCUAUUAAUGAACCGCUCUGUGCUCAGCCAAUCAGGUGAUAGCACUGUGAUGGACAGGCUGAUUAUCCAAUGGUCGCAGUCUGCCCUUUUCUUCACAAACCUUCUCGCCUUCUCACAUUGAGCGAAUGGAGCUGCGCGUGUACAGGCUGAACUUCACCGGAUCACGCACCUGUCUGUCUAUCAGCCUGAAGCACGACUUCUUGUUAAUAUCCAUUAAGAUGGACGUCUUACGUCCUGCUUGUGGAAAGAAGACUGUGAGCCCCAAUGACCCCACUUUACCUCCUCUGACAUCUCCUCCUCUCAUGAAAGACUCCUCUCACUCACCUGUUGUCACUGCCAGACCUUCUCAUGGACAGGUGCGCCGGGGCUUUGCAGCAGUGGCAAAGCGGGUGAUUCAGGAAGAGAGGAAGAGGAAGGAGGAAAAACAGGAUAGGUUGGAGCAGGAAGAGGAGUCGGCUGAAGAAGACCUGAGCUUUGAGGAGCUUCUAGAGAAAGCUAAAGCAGGAGAUCCUAAAGCCCAAAGCAAUUUGGGUAAAUACUAUCUGAAGUUAGGGGAAGAUUGUGAGGCUGAUGUAAAUCACCAGAUAGCUGUUGAUUGGCUGGUGAGAGCAGCAAAACAGGGACGAGGAGAUGCAGCAAAACUACUACAACAUUGCUGGACCCUAAAAAAAGGUAUCACUCAGCAAAAUGAAGCUGAAGUCCGUUCACUGUCAAGGGAGAGUAAGUUUGAGCAGGCGGUUCGGCGAGCAGCACUGACCAUGUAUUGGAAGUUGAACCCAGACAGGAAAGAGAAAAUGGACAAAAGAGAAAUAUUGCAGAAUGUCAGUCAGGUCAACAGUGAAACAGGUGCAGAUUGUAUUAGAACUUCAGACGUCCAGACACAGAGAAAAAUUUUGGAGACAAUGGUGUCUAAAGAGCCAAACAGUCAGUAUGUAGAUGUGGAGGGGUUUGUGGAGAUGACGAAAAAAUACACAGAGAACAUCACACAGACACCAGAGAGUAAAGACACUGUGAGCGGAGCAGUGUGUGACUGGGAUGAUUUAACAACACUGGACAAGAAAGGGGUGUGUCCUGUAUCUCAAAGGAAGAGUGUGUGGCCUGGCAGGCAGAUGAUGCUGGAAACAAAAUGCAGCAUGAAGAAAGCCAUAGAUAUCCAAUCCUAUUUCCUGGGUCUACAAUAUCCUCUCCACUUGAUCCUGGAUGUAAAGGAGCACCUGGUGGACUGGGCUUCUCGUGCAGGUGUUCAGUGGCUGAGCACCAUCAUACCGACUCAACACGUUAAUGCACUCCUCUUCUUCUUCAUCAUUUCUAACCUAACAGUUGAUAUUUUCUUCUUUUUCAUCCCUCUGCUUACGUUUUACCUGGCGUUCAUCUCCAUGGCAAUCUGCACACUGAGGGUGUUUCGUAGCAGUAAAUGCUGGCAGAACUUUAGUGCUUUAGCAGCUCUGCUGAGGCGUUUUGAACCCGAGCUGGACAUUCAGUCUCACUUUGGCUGGAAUCAGCUGGAACAGCAUCUUUACUUCCUGGUUUCUGUGUGUUUUGUGAUCUUCAGUUUCCCACUGGCUGAUAAACGCUGGAUCCCAUGCUCAGAGCUCUGCACAGUGGCCAUGUUCUUCACAGCUCUUAGUUAUGCCUCUCUAACCCCAGCAGCAGCAUCGUACACACGCAGAGCCUUCAUCAUUGAGGUGGCCUCCUCUCUCUGUGCCCUAACAACACGUCUUCCUCAGGAAUUCAGGACGCUGCGGCUUUUAGGCCAAACAUUUGCAACAGUACCAGUUGGAGAGUUGGCGGUGCUUACGAUUAGCCUGCCUUGCCUUCUUUAUCUCUACCUUUUUUAUCUGUUCUUUAGCAUGGCCCGGAUGCAUGGAUUCCGAGGGACGUACUGCUUCCUGGUUCCCUACCUAGUGUGUUUUAUGUGGUUGGAGUUUGCAGUUGUUCUCCUACAGAACUCCACACUGAUUGGUCUGAUUCGCACUUGUGUUGCAUACUUCCUCAUUCUGUUUGCUCUGCCUGUACUGGCAAUGGGACUGGCGGCCAUGUUAACGAUCCAGAUGGUAAAGUGGUUUGUGGAACUGGAGCUAACAAAGAUGUUGGUGACAUUGGCAGUGUGUGUGGUUCCCGUCACACUGCGUCUGUGGACUCGCUUCAGUCUGUCAAUUCUGAGUGUGCUGCGCUCCAUCACACACCGUGGCCCUGUCAAACUCAUCCUCUUGUGUUUGUGCUGUGUGUUUUUGGUGUGUCUGGGUUAUGUGUACAGUGCAGAGGGACUGAAGGUGUAUAACUCCACACUGACAUGGGAGCAGUACAACACAGUGUGUGGCCCCCCUGCAUGGAAACAAUAUGGCAUCACACACACUCAAAUCCUCUGCAGUCACCUGGAAGGACACAGGGUCACAUGGAGCGGAUGGUUUCUGGGUGUCCGAGUAGCCGAGACAGAGAACGGAGCUCAGUCACUCAUCAACUUGCUGCCUGUGUUCAUGGGUGAUUGGCUGCGUUGCCUCUAUGGCGAUGAAUAUCCGUCCUGUGAGAGGCAGAAUGUUAGCAAUUCACUGCAAGAACAAACAAGUGUAAAUGCAUCAGUUCUCUUCCAGAAGCGAGAGGAAGAGGAACUCUGCCGCAUCAAACAUGUUGCAAAACACCGCUGCCAUGUUAAACGCUUUGAUAAGUACCGCUUUGAGGUAACAUUGCGUCAUCCAGUCAGUGGAGCUGAGAUUGUAGACAUUGACAGUGACAUCAUCCUCCUCGCCAGCCAUGAGUUUAAGCAGGUUUUGCUGAACCUAGAUGAGGGCAGCAUGGUGGAGUUCAGUACCAAGUUGGAGGGGAAAUUGGGAUCCAAACUACCGAGACUGGAGCUAAAAGCAAUUCACUGUCUGAAUUGCACAUCGUCGCUGCUGCCUGAAGGAAGACAAGUUAAAAUCGAACGCAACUGGAGGAAGAGUGUGCAGGCAGCCAUCAAAUUUGCCUUUGACUUUUUCUUCUCCCCCUUACUCUCAGCCAGGCUCAAGGUGUGAAGAAGAGCAGUGUAGUGUGUUCAGGUUCAUAUUAGGAUAUUAGUGAAGAAAUUCAUGGAAUGUACCAGGACUGGCAGAGAAAAGGCAGAAGAUGGAGUAUUGUUUGUUGCACUUUUCAGUGCUGAUGUCUGUUGUGAAAUCAUACAGCUCACAUCAGCACCACACUAACACCACACUAACACCACACUAACACCACACUAAAACCACACUAAAUGUGUGUGUUCAAUUUUUCAUCAUUUAGAGUGACAAUAUGUUUACAACAUGUUGUCCAAAAGGUUCUGUUUAAGGCCACAUUUAUAUCCAGAUCCUACUGACAGUUUUAUUAAUUCAAUGCUGAUAUGAUGAUAAUUAUCAGUUCAACUCAAUUCAACUGCGAAAUCAAAGACUACAAGUUUGGAUUAAUUUCUUUUAAAGUUAUUGCAGAUGUACAGAUUUUGCUGUGAAACCAAAAAGCAUCAGGACAAUGUUAUGAAUCUGGGUGCUGGUUUAUUACUAGACUUGAAAAUAUAUUGAAGCUUAUUUACAUUUUAGAAAUGUAGUUUUAUUAAUGAAUAAAUUGAAAAAAUAGACAUAUUUUUGUCUUAGGCUUUGCAUGAGUUCAGUUUGUGUGCAUAAAUUAAACAAAUAUUAGGCUGCAACAUCCUUAGCCACAGUACCCACUCCAGCCCACCAGAGAUAAACCUCUCCUGAAUCUAGGACUUCUGGGUAACCACUCAGCACUCCUAGGUCACCGCUAUAUAAGCACACUCACCAUUAGCAUGUUGUGAAGUAUUGUUAGGUUGACGUCUGAUUCUGGGUUAGGGUUAGGGUUAGGGUUAGUUCUAGUUCUAGUUCUAACCCUCACCCGGUUCUUCACUGUGUUUGAACUGUCUUCUUUAAUAUAACUGUAUGGAUUCAUCACAUUCUGCCUUCAUGUCACAUAGGCACAGAUAUUAUGUGUUUUUUAAAUCUGGGCUAGUGUGUGUGUGUGUGUGUGUGUGUGUGUAUACAUACAUACAUACUGCUGUAAUCCAUCCACCUGUGAAUAAUUUAUUAAAACACAGCACCACUGAUGUAGAACAGUGGUCACUGCA